CCCGAGCAUCCUCUCCUCUCAGCUGCAACCUAUAGCUAGAGAGCUACUGCGGCACUAGUCACUCUCUCUCUCUCUCUCUAUAGCUUUGCUUGAUCAUAUCAAUACCACCGCCCUACAAAUCUCUCUCUCUCUCUCUCUCAAGAGGAAUUGAACUGAAGUUCUUGCAGCACGGUCGAGAAGUAAGGGAGUUGAGAGUUGAGAGAGUAGAGAAGAGGGAGAUGGGGAGGGAGAGCUUGCCGACGCUGGCCAUGGUGAUGGUGCAGCUGGGCUUCGCCGGCAUGAAUGUGGUGUCCAAGCUGGCGCUGGACACCGGCAUGAGCCCCUACGUCCUCAUCGCCUACCGCAACAUCAUCGCCGCCGUCUUCCUCGCCCCCUUCGCCUACUACUUCGAGAGGUACACGAAGAGUGGCAUGGUGAUCACCAAGAAAGUACUUGUCCAGAUAUUCUUCUCCUCCAUUUUUGGCGCGACGCUGAACCAGGUGCUCUACUUCGUGGGGCUCAAGUCCACGACGCCGACGGUGGCGUGCGCGCUCAGCAACACGCUCCCGGCGCUGACGUUCGCCAUGGCGGCGGCGUUCCGGAUGGAGUCGGUGCGGCUGAGCGCGGCCGCCGGGCAGGCCAAGGUGUUCGGCACGGUGGUCUGCGUCGGCGGCUCCAUGAUCAUGCCGUUCUACAAGGGCCCGCUCCUCAGGCUCUGGGCGUCGCCCAUCCACUGGCGGUUCGCGGAGAGCGCCGCGUCGGGCGCGGCGGCGCCAGCCGCGGGCGGCGCCGCCGUCCUCGGCGACGUCCUCAUCAUCCUCAGCUGCGCCGCGUGGGCCGUGUGGUUCAUCAUACAGACCAAGAUGUCGGAGCGGUUCUCGGCGCCGUACACGAGCACGACCAUCAUGUGCUUGAUGGCCGGUGUGCAGUGCGCCGGCGUCAGCGCCGCCAUGGACAGGAGCGUCGCCGUGUGGAAGCUCGGCUUCGACAUCCGCCUCUACUCCGUGCUCUACAUCGGCGUGGUCGGGUCGGGGAUCGCGUUCGCGCUCAUGUCGUGGUGCAUCCAGGUGCGCGGCCCGCUGUUCGUGUCCAUGUUCAGCCCGCUGAUGCUGGUGGUCGUGGCCAUUGUCGGCUGGGCGAUCCUCGACGAGAAGAUACACGUCGGCAGCGCGAUCGGGUCCGUGCUGAUCGUCGCCGGGCUGUACAUGGUGCUGUGGGGGAAGGCGAGGGAGAUGGGCUCGCCAUCGGACCUCGACGGCGGCGGCGGCGGCGGCGGCGUGGUGGAGCUGAACGGCAAGGGCGCCGACGCCGCGACGACCUUGCCGGUGUUCUGCACCACCACCAACAAGCACGAGACGACCCGGAACGGCUGCAGCAACUGAAGCUGAUGGCGCACCGGGGCAUAUGGAUGGCGGAUCACCUGAUUAUAUAUGCGCUAGCUGCACAUUUCACAGGCUGUUGCAUGUGUGACAACUACAUCUUGCUGGGGAUAUCAAUUGGUGCGGUAGUAUAUAGAUGUGGGAGUUUGCUAGUAGUAGCUAGGUAAAAGUUGGGGGAGGUGUGUGAGACUGUACCUGUGCCUUGGUUCUUGACAUUAAAAAUGGAUUGUGCACUUGUGCAGCUGCUCUGUUCAUCGGAGGAAGACUUUGUUAAUUUGUCCCA